UUUUCAGUGAACAUUAAGCAAGCCUCACGCCUCAAAGAGCCUCAGGAGUUCUGGGUGGAUUCACACACAAAGGUCUUGGUGCCUAUGUUGUCAGUCACGGGGACUUUAAAGUACAAAACUGAUGCCAGUGGGACUUUUUCUGUGAUGGAAGUGCCCAUCAGCAAGACCGCGCUGCUGGUGCUGCUGCAGCCCAUCAAUGGCAGCGACCUGGAGCGUGUGGAGACCGAGCUGCCUCUGCAGUCCUCGGCCUGGCUUCAGCAGCUGUCCCCAAGAGAAAUUAAAUUAAUGCUGCCAGAGUUAACAAUAGAAGGCAGCUCCGAUCUACAGGAGCUUCUUGCAGAUAUGGAGCUGCCUGCACUGCUGGGGAAGGGGGCAGAUCUCAGCAAAAUAAGCGACGCCAGUCUAAGAAUUGGAAAGGUAGUAAACAAAGCCUUUUUCAAACUGACCAGUGAUGGAACAGGUCAGCCGGAAGACCCCGCAGCACAGAAGGAAGAUUUGGCGUUCCUGGAAGUAACACUGAACAAACCGUUCCUUUUAGCUGUUUUUGAAGAGAAGUCAAGGGCAAUGCUUUUCCUUGGCAGAGUAACAAACCCACUGCAUGGGGUUUAA